GAUGGCAGAGGACGGGGAGCUAUGCUGGUGUCUGAGGAGAGUCGGGGAAAAGCAGGAACGACUUAUACUGCCUCAGGGGGAGGAGGUGACUAUAGGAAGAGGGAUCGGUGUCACGUACCAGCUAUCUUCUACGUCAUGUCCCUUAAUGAUUUCCCGCACACACUGCAUCUUCCGGCAGAACACAGAGGGCCAGUGGACGGCCACCGAUAACAAUAGCUUGAACGGAGUAUGGGUUAACAAAGAGAGACUAGAGCCACACAAACCGUACACGCUGUCCAAAGGCUCCUCUGUGCAGUUCGGAGUACCUCUUCCAAAUACAGACAAACCUGAGUUUGAAUAUGAAGUAGUUCAGGAGAACCCGGAGCAAAUCCAACCAUUUCUGACCCGUCCUCUGUCCGGCAGGAGCAAAUCUCUACGGAACAAACGUAAACUGAACUGUGACGAUUCUGAGGCCUCCGGAACGGAAGUCGGUACCUCUGGCGUGUCCAGAGCCAAACUCCAGCGUAGAGAAGAACAGCCCAAUAAAUUGCCAAAGCCCGACCUGUCCAAACAGCCGACAAUACCUGUAGAACAGCCAGAACCGGAUUUUGACAUGGCAGCUACACAACAGCAGUGGGCCAACACUUUGCAGCUGUCUAGAAUGAAAGAGUCAAUAGCAGAGCUCCGCAUUCUAAAUGCUCAGGUCCAGGAGAAACACACGGACAUGCAAAAGAUAAAAGAUCCUGAGAAGAGCCAGUCAGAGGAUUGUCUGCUUAAAUGUCGGCAGGAGCUCAAUGAUCUCCAGAAACAACUGUUCGCCAAGAGAAAAGAGCAUCUGCAGAGGGUCCGUGAGCUGCAGAAGAUGCAACAGGAGCAGCAGAGCAAAAGCUCAUCGGCCGAGUCCAAGGCUGCAGAAGAACCCCAUCUGAAGGAGCAGCUCCGCCAACUCCUGCAAGAGCAUUCCCUGCUCAUGGACGAGCUGAAUCGCCAUCACUGGGAUUUUGAAAAGAUUAUUCAGGACAAGAACAGAGAACUCCAGGAGACAAAGAAAGAAAAGGAGAAGAUGGAGGCUCAGAAGGAGGAAGUUCUUAACCAUAUGAACGACGUCCUGGACAACGAGCUGCAGUGCAUCAUCUGUUCUGAGAAUUUCAUAGAGGCUGUCACCCUAAACUGUGCGCACAGCUUCUGCUUCUUCUGCAUCCAGUCCUGGCGGAAGAGGAAGGACGAGUGCCCCAUCUGUCGACAGGAUAUAACAUCCCAGACUCGAUCCCUCGUCCUGGACAACUGCAUCAACCGCAUGGUGGAUAAACUGAGCCAGGAGAUGAAAGAUCGCAGGCUAGCUCUGAUCUUGGAGCGUAAAGGUCAAGGACAGGAAGCAAUCCCAAUUCCCGUAGAGAGUGACAGCAGCUCGGAUAACUCCUUCCUCUCCAUCAUCAACAGCAGCAGCAGCAGCGACGACAGCGACCUGGAGGAAAACGACGACGCGAAUAGCUUAAGUGACAGCGAGGUGACUCCGUACUCCGAGGACGACGAUGAAGUGUACGCCAUCACAUAA